AUGCCACAAAAGCUGAACGUUGUGGCCCUAAUAUCGGGUGGAAAGGACUCUCUAUACUCCAUAUUACAUUGCCUGAAAAAUGGGCACAACGUGGUAGCGCUGGCAAAUUUACACCCUCCCUUGAAGCCAGCCGGGGACGCCGAAGUGGAAGAUGAAGGCGUUGAUAUGGAUAGCUACAUGUACCAAACCAUUGGACAUAGUAUUAUUCCCCUAUAUCAAGAAGCGCUGGGCAUCCCGCUAUAUCGACGAGAGAUUAGCGGCACCGCAGUGGAUACGGGCCGAGACUAUCAGACUCCAGAGAAAGUGUGCGCGCAGAAUGUGAGCGGACAGGAUGAGACCGAGUGUUUGUUUGAUCUUCUGCGGCAUGUCAUGGAUGCGCACCCAGAAAUCAACGCGGUAUCGGCGGGGGCCAUUCUCUCGACAUAUCAACGCACUCGCAUUGAAAAUAUCGCAGGGCGAUUGGGCUUGAUACCGCUUGCCUGGCUGUGGAUGUAUCCCUAUCUUGCACCUCCCGUGGGGCGUACAGGGCUGUCUGCGGACUCGGUGGGUUCUGUGACAGGCUUGUUGGAGGACAUGGCGGCUUGUGAGUGUGAAGCGAGAAUCAUCAAAGUGGCAAGUGGUGGGCUAGAUGAAGAGAUGCUGUGGGAGAAUGUUUCCAGCAAAAACGGUCGUAUGAGACGAGAGCUGGUGAAGAAGAUGGGCAUGAUGCUGGAAGAAGGCGUGGAAGGAGCCGUGCUGGGAGAGGGAGGGGAGUAUGAAAGUUUAGCCUUGGAUGGCCCAAGGGAACUGUGGCGCAAGAAGAUUGAGGUUGAAGACAUUGUACGGGAAAAGGGCGAAGGUGGUGUUGCGUUCCUGAGGUUCAAAGGCGCAAAGUGUGUUGAAAAGACGAGGAGCGAGGCUGCAAAUGGGUUAAGCGAAUUACCAGUUCCGCAACUGUUCGACGGUGAGUUCAAACAAGCACUGGAAAGGGUGCUGGAGAAUCGGCAUAAAUAUGUCGCCGCUAGGGCAUACGAUAACUGGACGACACCGGGGGCAAAGGCCUUGCCUAUUGAGAUAUUUCAAUCAAGGAUAGGGAAAACUCUGGUUAUAUCCAAUCUGUCUGCCUCUGAAGCCGGCAUAGGAGCUGCGGCACAGAUGAAUGCUAUUGGGGAGAAGUUUAUCAGUCUUCUACGCUUAAAGCCCCAGGGUAAAGAUGCUGCCACCCUCUCCCCAGACGACAUUAUCUUCACAACAAUCCUUCUUCGAUCCAUGGAUGACUUCGGUCCUGUUAAUUCGAUCUACGGCUCGAUGUUCAAACGACCUAACCCUCCAGCACGGGUAACUGUGGCCUGUGGUGACAGCUUCCCUUCAGGAGUCGACAUCUUGGUGUCAUUCUUGAUAGACCUUGGGUCUUCAGACAACAGGACAGGCCUGCAUGUCCAGUCCCGGUCGUAUUGGGCACCCGCAAACAUUGGCCCGUAUUCGCAAGCCAUAGGCGUGCCCUUCGAAGGUCAAUCUAGAUUUGAGCAAGAUGGCGGGGUGGUAUAUAUUGCUGGCCAAAUACCGUUGGAUCCAUCGUCGAUGGAACUGGCCAGACCGGAAACUGGCUCUGGGGAUCGCAUAUCAAUAUUCACCCACCAUGCAACCUUGUCUCUUCAGCAUCUCUGGAGAAUUGGGAGGGCGAUGAAGGUUCAGUGGUGGCUAGGCGCUGUGGCCUUUAUCGCAAAGGGAGAUGAGAUCCCGGCAAAGGUGGUUGCUACAUCAGACAUUUGGGAGAGGAUGACCACACCGAACACUUUAUCGGAUGAAGAUGAAGAUGAAGAGUCAACGCUGGAUGCUUGGGAUAUCAAAUACGGACGGAAACAGGAUUUGAGUCGGAUAAAACCGACCAUCUCUCGCCUCCCUGAUUUUGAAAUUGUCGGCUCCCCGACCAAGGUCGCCCCCUUUCUGGCCGUUGAAGUCGACGAGCUUCCUCGCGGCAGCGAUAUUGAAUGGCAGGGUCUAGGGAUCCGAUCUGCUCAUACUGAAAUCACUGAGGAAAACUUGAAUGGGAUCUAUAUCAGCCAUUCAUUAGGCCCUUUCGGGGAGUAUGUUGUCGUUGGUAUUGAGAAAGGGGAAUCUACAGAUGCGGCAGAAUCCGUACAAAAAGCUAUGGAUUUGGCGAGAACACGCGCGAAAGAAGUUACGCGUUGUCAUACGAUUAUAUACGAUCCUUUAUUUGCCUGCCGCCGAGAGCUGCCAGGCCAGGCGGUGCCUUGCAGAUCGGUCUGGGGGCGCGGUGGACGGGAGUUUGCUGCAGCGAUUGUUUUACACGCGAAGUCUUUCUAG